GGUACUAGUCAGUUUGCAGCAAAGCAGCAACGUGUUAUCCCGUAUUCGUUGAACAUCAGAAUUAUCCGUUCAUAUUUUGUUUGUAUUUCACAAAAAUUGCAGAAUGCGCAUUUUGUUGUUCUCUGUUGCUGUGGUAAUGGCCUGUGUGGCGGCCAUGCCAAACGUGCUUGAGUUUGAGAUGGAGGAGUUAGAGAAAGUGGGAAAUUUUAUAGAAACGAAAGAAGAUCUGAUUGACUUUAUAACUGAAGGACACAAAGCGAAAAAACAGCAAGUUAAAUUACAGUCAUUCUCUUUCUCGGACUGUGGAGGACCUAAUGCACUUAUCAACAUCAAUCAAGUAUCUGUCACCCCAGAUCCAAUCGUAUUUCCGGGAAACCUGAAUGUUAUGACUAGUUUCAAGAUCAACAGUCCUGUUGGAGCUCCAAUGGUGGGAGAUCUGUUGAUCGAGAAGAAGAUUCUAGGAAAGUUUGUAAAGCUUCCUUGCAUUGACAACUUUGGUUCCUGUCAUUACCCCGAUCUGUGUGAACUCCUCGAGCAGGUUCAAUGCCCAGACCCUAUUGUUAGAAUUGGAAUCGACUGUACAUGCCCCCUUAAAGCGAACAACUACACAUUGCCGAAGACCGAAUUUGAAGUGGACGUAAGUGUGAUCCCAUCAGGAGAUUAUCACAUCAAGGGAAACGUUAUGUACAUGAAUAAGGAGGCAGCCUGUCUUGAUCUUAUGCUCUCAUUCUCGUAAACGAAUCACUUAAUGCUCUUUUUAUAUUACUUAUAUAAUCAUGCUAUAUUUUUGUGAACUGUUUAAAGUAUCACUAACAUUUCGGUACAAUAUUUAUAUUAAUACAUGUACCAACUAUAUAGAUAUUCUAUGGAAUUAAAAUAUAUCAUUAUUAGCGUUUCGUUUAAUCAUUUAAUCCCAUUGAUGUUCCUUUCGGAGAGUUUGCAGUAUUGUAAAAUAGAUUGAUGUUUGAAAGGUUCACUGCUCAUUCUAAAUUAGAACCGAUGUAUUAACAUGGGAGAAACAGUAGCGGGUUAGGGUAAUAAUCUUAAACUUAACUUAUCCAAGGUGGAAGACAAGAAUAGCAAGCGACUUGUGUCCCACGUUAUCAUUUUAGAUAUGAAAUUUUACAUGUAGAUAUCAAUCAGAAAGCGAGUUUGAACGUACUUAAGUAAUUUAUAGUCUUAGAUAAUCUUAAGAUGUAGCUUGAACCUUGGUUUAAGAUAGCUAUAUCAACAUAAUUAUCUCUGUUAUCGUCCGAUGGUCACUUAAACUUAAAGUCACACAUAUCGAGCCAAUAUCUCCACGUGACAAUAACAUUUUGAAGUGCACUAAAACAGUGCAUCGUUUACGUUCUUUUUUCUGGUUCAGUGAUAUAAAAUCAACCACAAUAUGCGCGUACUCUUGCUUGCGGUUUCUAUAGCAAUAGCAUGUGUGGCGGCCAUGCCAAAUGUGCUUAAGUUCGAGAUGAAAGAGCUGGACAAAGUUGGGAAUCUUAUACGCACAAAAGAAGACUUGAUAGACUUUAUCACGGAACGU